GAGAGAGAGAGAGAGUUAAUAGUGUGUGUGCAGUGUAGUGUACUACGAACCCACCCUCUUCCUAAUUAACCUCUCUCUGUCUCUCUCUCUUUGCACUACUUACUUACUUGGUUGGACUCUUAUCCUUCCCGCUGGCCUCACCACAAGCAACCAACCUGUCUCUUGUUGGAAGCACAGAGGCACAGAAAGCACCAAUAUCCCAAAGGACCCAACCCAACUCAUUUCUCUCUCUCUCUCUCUCUCUCUCUCUCUGCUUAUUAUGCUUUUGAUUUUACAUGUCUGGAGGCCAUUAGAGACGUUCAGGCAGUGAUGUUUAAGCUUGGGUUUUUAACAGCAACUGUUGAAGAUUACGAUAUGGGGUUUUGGUGGGAUUAGCACCCUAAUAUAUGUAUAUGUUCGAAUCAGAUAUUUGAAACUGGUUGGGGACAAUACUAGGAAUACGAUAUUAAAAGUUUAGCUCUACCUUCUUUUGUCAUCUAUAUUAUUUAAACAUUUUAUUUCCUUUUUUUUUUUGGGAAAUUAAUUUGAGGAGAGCUUAGCUAGAGAGAAGCCUCAGAACCCCAAGAAAGUACAAGACUGGGUUGAGAUAAAUGAGAUGCUUUUUGCCAGCUUUCCAUAUUAAAUAACAUUUUUGUAGGCAUCAGUUAUGGAUUUUAGAGCACAACCCCAAGAUAACGAAAUGAGGACGUCAGGCUCUUUGAGCUACGCCUCUUCUGCUCAUCAUUUAAGUACCAAAGAAUCAUCACCCGCAGCAGCAGCAGCAGCAGCAGCAGAUCAUCAAAAGAGAAGGGUCGGGAUUCACAAUGGCAACAACACUUACGCUACCAGCCCCCAUCAAACCCUAGACCACCACAUUCAACACCCACACCCACCUUUGCAACCCCUCAUCCGAGACCCAGAUCCAGAUCGAGCCCUAGCCGGAACCCCAGUUCCGCCAACUGUACUUGCCAGUGGUGGGCCCAAGUCGACUUCAAAGAUCAUCCGCUACAGAGAGUGCCUCAAGAACCAUGCGGCCAACAUAGGCGGCAAUGUGUUUGAUGGGUGCGGCGAGUUCAUGCCGAGCGGUGAGGAAGGAACACUGGAAGCUCUGAAAUGCGCCGCAUGUGAUUGCCACCGCAACUUCCACCGAAAGGAGGUGGACGGGGAAACGACGGCGUUCAGCCCCGGGUCCAGACGCUCAAGCAUAAUGCUGAGCCCUCUCCAACUCCCCCCGCCACUGCCGUCUCCUUCGUCUGCUCUCCACCAUCACCACCACCACCAUCAGAAAUUUUCAAUGGCUCCUAUUAUCCAGCCGAUGAAUGUGGCGUUCGGGAGCGGUGGAGGAGGGACGGAGUCUUCGAGCGAGGAUCUGAACGUGUUCCAGUCGAACAAUGCGGAGGGGGGAUUGCCAAUGCCGCCGUUUGCGAUGUCGAAGAAGCGGUUUCGGACAAAGUUCACGCAGGAGCAGAAGGAGAGGAUGACGGAGUUUGCAGAGAAGGUGGGGUGGAGGAUUCAGAAGCAAGAUGAGGAGGAGGUGGAGAGGUUCUGCUCGGAGGUGGGCGUGAAGAGGCAGGUGCUGAGGGUUUGGAUGCAUAACAACAAGAACAGUGCCAAGAAGCAGAGUGAUAUUCUGACCACCCCCGCAACAACAAGUCUGUCUUUUGAGAAUGUUGAAGCUGAAGAAGAAGGAGGAGGGGAGGGAGGGAGGGACAACAGCUGAAGAUACAGAUCAAUGGAUGAUUUGAUGAUAAAUUAAUGGUUUGAUUGGCACUUAAUUGGUAGGGGAUGAAGAGUAAGUGAGAUUUUGUAUAAAUUAAAUGAAGAGGCCUAGCUUAGCUAGAUCAGAUCAGAUAUUUGCAUGAUGAUUAUUAUUAUUAUUCUUCAGUGAAGAAGAGACACCUUCAGUUAUUGUUUU